ACAUAUAUCCACAUUUAUUCAGCAAAGCCCUAUAAUUCAUUUUGCUGUCAGGCACCGCGCGAUUGCCUGUUUCCUCUGCAUAAAUUUUAUCGACCCCUGUCCAGGAACAACGACGGGGCAAAUGCCGAUGAACGACGACAGAAUGAAGUUGCCAAUUAAUGCUAAUCCAGUAGAUGUGCAUGAUCCGUUGAGGUUCAAUCAAGGUGGUCAGGCUGAUCCCUAUUCUUUUGCAAGGGACACAAUGCAAAAUGAAGCUGCUGAGGCAGCUGUCUACAAUACAAAGGUUGUUAACAUUAUGCAAGAAGUUUGCACCAGUUGUAUCAUUUCAUCUUGCUGGAAAUUCAAAAGUACCAGCUGUAUACUGCAGAAACUUGAGGAUGCUGUGCAUGAGAUGGGUCUGCAACUUAAACAUCAUGAAGAGAAUAUCAUUUUCCUAAAAGCUCACAAGAACAGAUUGGAUAAUUCAAUCUUAGAUAUGCAAGUUGCUCUUGGCAAGUAUCAGACAGCAAGCGAAUCUGGUUCUGAAAAUGAGGAACUUUCCCAUGUACAGAGUGAGGAGGAGACACUCGGAAACAUCUUUCUACAUGAGAAAUCUGCAGCCGGCAUCUGGUACGAGCUAAAAUGUCAUCAUGGAACUCAAGCUUCUCAUCUUCCUUUGAUGAAGGAUGUUGUGGGAAUUGUUGCUAUGCUUGGGAGCGUUGAUGACGAUAAUCUUAGCAGGCUCCUCUCAGAUUAUUUGGGACUUGAGACUAUGCUAGCAAUUGUUUGCAAGACGUUUGAUGGUAUGAAAGCGCUGGAGACAUACGACGAGAAAGGUCACAUAAACAAAAGUUUGGGUCUUCAUGGCCUUGGAGCUUCUAUUGGAAAGCCUUUGGAUGGCCGCUUCCUUGUUAUCUGUCUUGAAAAAUUAAGACCGUAUGCUGAAGAUUUCAUAGCUGAUGACCCUCAAAGGAGGCUUGAUAUUCUGAAGCCAAGAUUACCCAAUGGGGACUCUCCACCUGGUUUUCUUGGUUUUGCUGUGAAUAUGGUCAACAUAGACAGUGUGGACUUAUAUUGUGCUACAAGCACCGGUUAUGGUCUAAGAGAGACUCUCUUCUAUAACCUGUUUUCCCGCUUGCACGUAUACAAGACUAGAGAAGAUAUGCUACAGUCUCUCCCUUGUAUUAGACAUGGGGCCAUAUCCCUGGAUGGUGGGAUGAUAAAGCAUAGUGGUGUGUUCUCCCUGGGUAAGAGGGAAAUAAACGUGAAAUUCCCAAAGAGCUCUAGAGGGUCAAAUCUGCCGCAAAACUAUUUCGAAAUUGGAAGAGAGAUAAAGGAGAUGAAGUGGAAAAAAGAAAGAACUGUUGAAGAUAUGCAGAGGGAACAGGUUUUGCUAGAACGUGCAAGGUUCAAUUUUGAUUUGAAGAAGCAAGGGUAUAUGAUGUUUCUGGCACAAAGCUCAACUUAUGCUACACAGCUGAGGAUUCUGCAUGGAGACAACAUGAGAGUUGUUUGUUUACCUGGAAACUACGCAGUUGUACCUUCCAUGUUAUGUGAGUAAUGGUGCUUUUCAUUAAUCGAUCUAAAGAGCUAGAAAUUGGAAUUCUAAAAUCCUGAUGGUUUGACUUGGAUGGUUAAUGGUUUCAUGGGAAAUGUGCAGAAAUGGUUUUUGGCAGGACGAAGUAAAGAUACUUUCGAAGUAGUCUUUGCUGAGAUCAGUUUCUGCUGUUCGCUUUUCUUUCAGUGUCUUAUAUUGAGCAGUAGAGCUUAAAGCAGGAGGGGGAGCACGUAGCAUGAUUGACGGAAAUCUGAGAGCAUUUUGGGUAUUGAACAAGAAAGAAGAAGCUCUAUCAGUAAUCAAUCCUGCACCUACUCAGUCUGAAAACAUUGUCUUUCAGUAUUAAUAGAAUAGUCUUCUGAAUUCGUGAUCAUCGUCUAGCUCAGUUUCAUGCAUGUAACAAACUUAGGCACAUGUACCAAGGUUAUAGAACGUCUUUUGGUAGUAUUGCAAAUUCCAGUUACUAUAGUAAAGCUGGAAAUGGAUGUUAAAAUCACGAAAUUUCUUUUGUCUGAGUAGUCUAAAAUAGAUAUUUAACUUUGUCAAUUGGGCCAAUUAUGAAUGAAUGUACGAAGAAAUAAAAGGAUUGAAUUUCGAAAGUCAAAUUCUUAUAAUCAAUGAUAAUGAAAAAUCAAAAUUA